AUGGCUAAAUUAUCGCUCCUAGACUCUACAUAUGCAAAGGCAUUUUACCUUAUUCAAGAAUUAUAGAAAUACUAAUAUAUUACUUAAAAUGAAAAAUGUCAUAUUAAAGGUAAAAUUAUAUAUAAUUUUUAGACUUAAUAAUUCAAAAAGAUGCUUCAGUUUACAAUUUAAUAUGCUCAUAAAGUGAUUUAGAGCUUAAUGAAAAUCUAUAAAAAUUAAUUAAAACAAUUAGAAUAUAAAUAGAAUAAUAAAAUGAAGAUGAUGAUGUAUCAACUAGCAAAAGUCUUAAAUUCUUUUUAAGACAGAAAUUAAAGUUGAAUUUAACUAAUAGUAACUUUGAUCUAGGUACAAAUAAAAGAUGA